AAUGAAUGAAUCGAAACAAAAAUAUUAUAGUCGGUGUCGAAUUGCCCAAUCGCGUAUCCGGUUUCAGAAUAUUUUUUUAAUAUUUAUAUAUUACAAUCUCGUGAUAAUUAUUUAAUCAGUACUAGAGAUAAAUUGAAUAUACUAGCCGUUUAUGAUAAAUUGUGAAUUUCCUAUCACGACGUGAAUGAACGGUGUUGCUCACGUCAUUUCAAGGCGUACGCAAUUUACUACCUAGUAUUCGAAGCGUGGAAUUAAUCGAAAGUGCUAACGAUACGUGUCGAAUUAUUUAAAAACGCGAACUUGUCGAAUUUGUGUAGCAAAAAAAAUUGUACUAAAACACUCCGACGCGCAUCGACUUGAAUAACCCGCCUUAGCCUGAUGUAAAACGGGCUUCAGGCUCGUCGGUGAGUUGAUACUGUACAAGAAUGGUUUUUGCGGGGGUGUAAAGAGGAACUAGUUUGAUGUCUUUGGCAGACUGUGGGUGUUUGGUUGUUGGUAUAGAUCCGAUAAAUUUACUUUCGUAGACGAAAGUACGUAAGACGUCCGUGUGAACAUCAACUAAAGGUAAAAGUGCACUAUAACAUACAACUCGACUUCAUAACAUUUAAACAUCGUCCUCUUGAAAAAAUCCUCGUGCUCCAUAUGACAAGCGAAUGUUUAUUUACUAUGCGAUGCUCGCCAACGUUCCAUUCAUCGUAUUUUAAUCGUGUGUCUUAUCGGAUUUGAUCGAAAUCAUCAAGAAAUCACGCAGAAUGACCAUCUCAUUGUCAUUCUCAACUCAUCAACCAACUCGUUUAACACCACUUUUUAUCAAUUGAACAAAGGACCACAUCCAAACCGAAAGCAGCACCCCAACUGUAUAAAAUGCCAAAUCGGGACUGACUUUGUUCGCCAGUGGACUAUUACAAGAGAUGUCGAACAUGGACAUGGGUGUCCGUAAAGUCCCUAAAAAGAGGAAGUUCGAUCCCUCCGAACUCGAAGAGAACGACAACCAUGGGGGAUGUGUUCAAGUACCUGUUGUGUGUGUUCCAAAUGCUGUUGAUUACUCUAGAAGUGUACGUGUUGACGAUGAUCCCUACUAUCGUAAACAAGAUUCUGUUUUGGAUCUCACCGAAUGGAGAGGACAUCGAGUUCUUGCCAAACAAGGCGAUUGGUAUUACCAAGGUUUUAUUAGACAAGCUGAUGGGUUAGAUAUUAUAGUUGAAUUAGAUGGUAAAGAAGAGAGAACACUAAAAUUUACGCACGUCCUCUCUGCAGAAAAUUAUAACAUAAUAAGUGAUGCGGCCCCGUCAAAAUCGCAACUAACGUUAGGUACUCGAGUCUGUGUAAGACACCCCGAUCAACAAGCGUUGUUUGUGGAGGGUGUCGUUUGUAAGAUUCUAGAAGAAACGCACUCGGUACAAUUUCGAGUAGCCGUUCUCGGGGAUCAGCAGUGCGAGAUAACGGUGAAACGGGCAGAUUUGCGUCUGUUGAGGCCGCCAUGGUAUGAUGAACUGGAGAAUUUGAAAUCGCCAUCGCGAGUUUAUGAUAUGAGCUUGCAGCAGCCUCAACAGCCGCCUCUACAACCCGAGUAUUUUCCUCAAGUAUCUCCGCUAUCUCACAUGCCCUCGAUGUGCGGGUCGCAAUUAAACGGAAAACAUUACGAGGAUUUGUGUGAGAGCGAUGACGAAUUAAGGCGGGAAGUGAUGUUUUCGAAUGACAGUGAUUUAAAACUUUCCGGAAGCAGUAAACGGAGUAGUAUGCAAAGUCGCGGCAGUUCUUCUAGUAGUGUCACACCUAGAUCUCAACCCACAACCCCUAGGAGCCAAACCGCGACCCCUCAUAAGUACAAAAAAGGGGACGUCGUAUCAAAUCCUAACGGAGUACGUAAAAAAUUUAAUGGAAAGCAGUGGAGGAGGUUGUGUUCAAAAGAUGGCUGUCAAAAGGAGUCCCAGCGACGCGGUUAUUGCUCAAGACAUUUGAGUUUGAAAGGGAAUAGUUUGCGUAUGGAUUCAUCGUUUUCACGGUCAAAUAGUAAAGUGGACGGUGAAGAAACUUCCAGGGAUUCCGAGACCUCCCCCAAUUGUAAUGAUAGGCGAAUAACAGGGCGGUUUGAUCAAGAAGAAAAAGAUGCGGCCAACAUGCUCGUAUCUUUAGGAGGUUCUCGGUCCGAUACACCAGCUUUCUCGCCUAACCCCCACGGUUCUUCGCCAUCAUCGAUGCAAUCACCAGUUCCAGUUGGCCCGAAACAAAAUCUUUUUAUGCCGAUUACAGCACCCUCUCAAUUACCUAAACGAAGCUCCCCAAGUCCAGGGUAUAAUUAUAAUAUUCCCACUUAUAAUCCAGUUAUUAGGCCAGAAUUAGUACGUCCAGUACACCCAGCAACAAGCGUGAUACGUUUAUCUCCGAAUCCAAAAUCUUGGAUGAGUAACACAAUCAAUUCAAAUUCUAUCCCAGAUCAACAGAGCGUAAUACUUCACCACAACACCAAAGGAUUAACAAGCCAGCAAUUAGAACAGGAGAACGGUCAAAUAACAUACAUGAUAAUAAAUGAUAUUCAAAAUGACAAGAAUAAGGAGCAACAACGACCGAUGGCGCAACAAGAUUACGUGUCUCAAACGUCGACCAUUCGCGUCACGCCAACGAACCCCAGCAUGAAAAGUCUUCCAUCGACGGUGAAUAGCGGCAGUCAAUUGCUGCCGGUCAUCGUAAAGCCGACUCAGUUGGUGCCCGUUUUACCAGCGGCUACUCCUUCGGUCUUAAAACGUGUUCAAACGGUGCCUCAACAACAUCCGCCCGUAACCUCUGUGCCACAAACGACGCCACCGACGAUAAUAAAGCUGCCGACGGUGACCGGAUUCAACAACAAUUUACCGAAAGAACCCGUAAACAUGCAAUCUCCCUUAAGUCAAUCGAACCCUUACGCAUCUCAUGAACGAUCCACGCCUACCUCUACGAAUCAGUUAAUAAAUUCAUUCCCCACUAGUCAACAAUCUCAAAGUCAUCCAAUCCAUAAUAUGAAACAACAGUCAACGUAUAUUUGGCACUCAAUAUUACCGAUACUGCCUCCUCAUUCGGGUCCCGUUUCACCGCCUGAUUCUGAAUUGUCUCCACCGUUGUCGGCUCCACCAGUGCCAACAAUGCAAUCCCAAGUGCCAGCACCCGUUCUUGAUAUAGAAGAUGAUAUUGAGCCGGAAUCGAUAUUGCCGAGUAUUGAAGACGAUGACGACGUCUUCGUUAACGAACCGGCUAAGAUUCCAGAUAGACCUGAAGAUGUUCACAAUGGAAAUAAACGUAGGAGCCAGUCGUUGACUUCCUUGCAAAGAGGCGACGCCACGAUUAAAACUAAAGAAAGAAUAAGAAGGCCAAUGAAUGCGUUUAUGAUCUUUUCAAAACGACAUCGCGCACUUGUUCACCAACAAUUUCCCAACCAAGAUAACAGGACUGUGUCAAAGAUUUUAGGCGAAUGGUGGUACGCUUUAUCGCCGGAUAAAAAGAAGGAAUACCACGAGUUAGCGUCUGAAGUAAAAGAAGCUCACUUUAAAGCUCAUCCAGAGUGGAAAUGGUGCAAUAAAGACAGGAGAAAGUCGUCUACCGGUUCUGGUAGGAGUCGAUUAAGUUCGACGGGUGAUAUUGGGGAAAUGGGAGAUGGCGUUCCAAUGAGUCCGCACACACCAAAUUCACCAUCCCCAGCUCCUGAAGCUAAAUUACCCGUCGAAGAGCAAGACACAGGCGAUAUAUCCGAUGAGGAUCAAAUGGUAAUUUGUGAGGACACUCCCCAACAAGAAAUUGAGUUAAAAUCAAAAGAAAAAGUUACCGAUUCGGAUUCAGAAUCUCAUAGCGAUUUAGAUCAAUCGCUUGAAAAUAGAAUCGGCCGUCAUCAUCACGCGCAUCUGAAUCACCAACAACACUUUGGUAUUGUUGGUAAUACGAUGCCAGAAGUGACUUGUCGACCGAAACCAAUAAAAGCAAGACUCGAUAAUGGGCCAAAGUUCAGUCCAGUGCCUACAGCUUCUGUACUAAACUUUCCAUAUCCGAUGAACCCGCAAGGUAUAAGCGAGUUCAAAACGACUGGAGGUGCCUUUAAAACGAUGCCUGCUUCUCCAAAAGUUAUCAAGACGGAAAUUAAAAUGGAGAAUAACGAAAACGCUCACAAUUGGAGCAAUAACACUUCAUUUGCCAUGACAUCAAAACUGGACUGUCCUUCUUUGAGCCAUAAUGACACAGAUCCCACACCAAGCUCUUGGUCUACCACUUCAUCUAACGUAAAAGGAAUUAUAUCACCUUCCAAACCACCGUCAACAAUUAUCUUAAAACCACAAGGAAAACCUACCAGCAUCAUACAAGUUGGGGGAGAACACCAUAAUCAACCUGGACAAUUUCAUAGCCAACCCAUGGCUUUAAUUCUAAACCCCCAAAUUGGCGGACAAUCUACCACGUUGUGCCUCACCAGUGAGGGAGAUCGAUCUCACCCGGUCGUUGUUGUUGCCUCAUCAGCUUCGGAUCAAUCUGUGCAAUAUGUUUACAAUUUGCAAAUACCCGUAUCAGACACAAACGGUAGAAACGUUGCCAUACAACCCGUUCAAUUCGCCCAACUUCCAAAAUCCACCGCCCAAUCCGUUAUUGUUAGCCAGGCCCAAACCAGACUCCAUAACGCGUCUCAAAACGACUUAACUUCGACCACUGCAAGUAACAAUCUCCCAUAUCCCAGUCCUACUGCUCCCGGCACGCCCAAAAUUAUCGAUAAUAAUCACCAAAAAGAUGCUAAAUCCAAUACGAAAGUUAUAAAAUCUCCAGAACUUAUCCCUUCGUCACCUCAUUUAAAUAAUCCUGAGACGACUCCUAGACAUCCUGUUAUGGCAGAACAUAAAGAAGAAUUUAAAUUGGCACCGACACCUGCGCAAUUAGGACAAGCACCUUUACAAAGACGGCAAUCUAUGGCUGUAGCUACAUCAUCAUCAUCUAUGCCAAGUAAUAUAGGGGGUAUAUUAACGAAGCCUCCAACGAGUGUAGCACCGCCUCCAGAUACUCCGGAUCCGUUGAUGUCGCCCCUUCAUAAAAAGGCUCUGCCAAAGAAAAGUCAAAAUAGGGACGGAAUGGACAGAAGGCUUUAUUUCAGGGUCUUGGAACAGGUGAAUUUCGAUAAGAAAUUCUCUUCGUUGCCUCAGUUUAAGCCGGACGAAUGUCAGUCUCCCAGUGCACUCUCCGUAGCGUCCAGUCCGCACUUUACACCCAGUUAUCAAAAGAAACAACGACCAACACCGCAUAGGACUUCGGUUGACGAAGAAGUGGAAAUGGAUGGACAGCAAGUUGGGACUCCCCGUCGACAUAUUGUUGGAGGGUCUUUUUUUGGGCCAGAUUUUAACUUAGAUGCUGCUAGAGAUCUGACUGAUAUGGAAGAAGCAAACUCGCCGCGCACUCCUAGAACACCAGGCACAGGUCGCGAAUCAGAAAGGGGACAUAGAAGACUCUUAGAAACAAGGCGACAAUUAGUAAUGGAACUAUUUAAAAAGAGCGGUACAUAUUUUCCAUCAGCUGAGGCAACAUCUAAGUUCCAAGGAGAACACGCGUGCUUAUUUCCGUCGAAGAAUAUAUUGCAAUUAAAAAUAAGGGAGGUGCGACAAAAACUGAUGGCCAGUCAGGGGAAUACACCAUCAAGUGCGAAUAGCAUCAACAGUCCGUUAACGCCAGCUGAAAAUGUGCGGGUGUCUUUGAACAGUUAGCUAUCUAUGUGCAAUAGCGUAACGUCUUCCCUUCCUCUAGUUUCGGUCGCAUGCGAUAACGUCAUCGACCGGUAAAAGGUUUUUUCGAGCUACUUAUAUAGAAUUUUGACAUGGUGCUAAAACGAUUCAAAACAGUGGUACAAACAUGGAGAGGGGCUAUUAUUUGUGCACCGUGCGUGUUAGACAAUCUGAUUGAUUGGACGACCGAAUUCGAAACUGUAAUUUUUGUUCCCGGUUUUUUUUCCGGAAUGUUUUACCAAAAGAUAACAGAUGUGCAGAUGAAAUAAUAUAGAUUAUAAAAACACCUCUUUUACAAUCGUUGGUUCUAUAAAAACAUAUUGAGUCGAUGUUGGUUACAAUUUGUAAUAACGAGUUUGAACGAAAAAACUUUAGAUCGUUAUACAGGUGUUCUUUUUUUUAUUUUUUAUGGACGCUGAAUAUUUUACUUCGUUAGCCACGAUGUUAGUUAGGUGGACAAAGAAGUAGUUAUUAGGUGCAAUCAGACAAACUUAUUGAAUUAUUUUCUAUUUAGGAAUAAAAUUGUUAAAGUUUUUUUUCUUUAAUUAUUUUUUUAAUUGUCUACUUUUCACUAUAAACUUUUACUAAUUUAUGAAAAUAGUAGAUAGAGUCAAAUUUUAGCUCCAAUAAAAUUGAAAAACCCUGUAUACAAUGUAUAUCUCACUUCUUCGCAUGUUAUUGAAUAGGGUUGACGGCAUUUUUGUUGUUGUUAUCAAUUACCAAUUUGUUUAUAAAUAUUUAUGUUUAAAAGAGUACUUGAUUAUGUGAUUAGUAUUAUAAGGUGGUUAAAAAGGCGACGACGAUACGUCGACAGAUCAACAACGGUCGACGUUUCGUUUUGAAACGUGUUUUGAAACGUGUCUGUCUGCGAUGUUGUUUACCGUUGCAAAGUGUUAAUGUUGUUCUGUCAUUAUUAGUCAAUGAUCUCGUUAUUUUAAAGUUAGCGAAAGACUCACCGUUCGAUAGAUUUAAAACUAGUGACCGCACGUAGCAAUUUAGUCUCGUUUAUUGGAGCAGUGAUCCCUCAUCUUCAGAUCUAAAUUCACUCAACGCAUAUAUUAUAAUAUACAUCUAUAUAAAUAAAUAUAUCAUCUCACCAUCA